UCGGUGAUUCUCCAGGCGUUACGCUGAUUUGUAGGGACGUGGGAACAGUCCGCACGGCUAUUUCCGGCAAUGUCAUGAUUACUUCCUCCUUCCUGAGUCAAUAUGGCGGCGCCCAUAACGUUGCAUCUGGAGUUCGGAGGAGGGGCGGAGCUGCUGUUCGAAGGCGUGAAGGAUCACCAGGUGACACUGCCCAGCCAAUCACAGCCCUGGGACAUGAAGCAGCUGCUGGUGUGGAUCCGGGCGAACAUGCUGAAGGAACGGCCGGAGCUGUUUGUGCAGGGGGACACGGUGCGGCCUGGAAUUCUGGUCUUGAUCAAUGAUGCGGACUGGGAGCUGAUGGGAGAGCUGACCUAUGAGCUCCAGGACCGAGACACGGUGGUCUUCAUCUCCACCCUGCACGGGGGAUAGAUAAACCGGGACACGGGGUGGUCUUCACCUCCGCCGUGCACGGGGGAUAGAGAAGACUGCGGCCGCUUGGGCACCCUUGCUGAUUCCCGCCCAGUCUGGCUUCUCUGGCAUCACCCCUCAGAGCUCCUGUGAGGCCACUCAAGAUCUACCCGUGGUACAGAACCCAACCCGCUAAAACGAGAGGAAAAAAAGAAACUGACGUAUUUCUGGAAACAAUGGAUGCUUUAAUUUUCAACAUUUGAAUUCACAUGAACACAGGUUACAGAAACCGGAGAAACAAGACGACCCUUGAGGUUGUUGUGGACUUUCGGACAUCCCUUAGGGGUGAAAGGUUCUUCAGGAAGGCGCCAGAGAUCCUUGAACAUUUGUAGAAUUUGGGAAACUUCAUUUUCAUCAUUAAUACAUUUGCAUUCGCCUAUUUUUGUUAUGAAUGAAUUUCCCUGUGGAGAAAUGUUUCAGUCAAUUAAAUAUAUUUGAAUGAA